CAGUCAGGAUUGAUGGUGAGAGAGAUGGCCUGAAGUCAGCAACAGGAACUGUGUUGAAUGAAAACAGGAGUGAAGGACUAAAAAAAAAGGUUUUCAUCGUUAAAGUGUUGUUUGGGAGUCAACUUCAGAGAGGAGCCGCUGAUUUGCGUUUGCGCGUCUGUGCCCCGAAUGUUGCGCCACGCUGCGUUUCGCUGUCCAGCUGGCAUGUGAGUGAUUGCGUGCAGUUUGCAGUGCGCACGGCCGAUCACCACCAUUUGGACUGACAGGAGCUCUGAUGAGGCUAACUAUUAAACGUUCGUGGAGCGCUUUUGCCAGAUGAUACCUGUUGAUUUUGCAUCGCGCCAUGUCCUGCUGUCGGACUGAAGUGGACAAUGAAGUUAUGGGAUAGCCUAACCACUUGUUUGAUACUGCUGAGCGCCGUUUACGCCAGCCCGCUGCUCCAGAGCCCGCAGCAGCCCAUGUCCACCAAGAGGAGAGGGCGCGUCGCCGAGAGUCCCCCCAAGCUCCCGCCCGUUCAGAUCGGCCUGUCUGUUUCUUCCACGAGCAUGAGCCACGCGGAUACCGCAAACAGGGACGAAACGCUGGCUGGAGGAGACAAAUACACCACUGAGGAGCCCCUCCCAAAUGAGUUUGAAGAUGUGGUGAACUUCAUCAAAGUAACCAUCAGCAGAAUGCGUCGCUCCUCCUCGCUCACUGUGUCCUCAUCUACCUCCACCACCAGCACCACCGCCACUACCGUCCCCAUCUCUUCCCCCUCCAAAGAUAACUUUGACAGCAGGACCCAACAUAGAAGAGGAAAGAGGAAAAGGACAAGCCAGCGAAACAGUAACAGAAGAGAAGGGGGAUCUAGAGGUGCUGGCGCAGGUGGGAAGAUUAGAGGCGGUGGUAGAGGACAGGGCUGCGUGCUAAAACAGAUCCACCUCAAUGUGUCUGACCUCGGUCUGGGCUACCGCUCCAGUGAGGAAAUGAUAUUCAGGUACUGCUCAGGACCGUGCAGAAAGUCAGAGACAAACUACGACAAAAUCCUUUACAACCUCAUUCACAACAGGAGGCUUCCUGCCAAAGACGUGCCCCCUCAGGCUUGCUGUCGGCCAAUAGCGUUCGACGACGAUCUCUCGUUUCUGGACGACAGCCUGGUUUACCACACCGUGAGGAAGCACUCUGCCAGAAAAUGUGGCUGCGUGUAGGGAGUGCAACUUGUUGUCAGGCUUUGUGUAAUUUUAACUUUUUAUACUCCCACUCUAUAGUGGUAUAAUGUUAAGUGUUUUUUUUUUUUUCUUUUCUUUUGUUUUGAUUUCACUCACGGAAGCUUUUUGGCAUGUGGUGAUUUAUGACUUGGAUUUAGCAAUAUAGGAGUAAAUAAACAGGAAGUGGCAUUACACAAA